GAGGAAGAGGGGAAAAUAGACUCGAGUACAUCCUACUCUGUGAUUAGGUGACUAAAACGAUGUAAAGUACGUCAGAUCACAGGUUUAAAAGGCUGAAAAACACCGCGAUCUUCACCAGGAAAUCAGGCCCACGAGCCCACUUCUCGGGGGACCCGUGGGCUCUCAAACCCGCCCCGGCCCUUCGUAUGAAACGGAGCCCGGCCACCCGCGGGGAACUGGGUAAGGCGGGGACCGCCUGGACGACUUUUCAUUGGCUCAGAGUCCCCUUUCCGGUCGCUGAGUGGUUGAGGCCGAAAAACUACGCUUAUAGUCAUUGGCUGAUCCUAGCUGUCAGUCCUCUCGCGUCUCGCGGCGCGACACAGCCGGCGCGGCCUGUAGAGCAGUCGGGAAGCCUGCCGCUGGGAGAAGAUGGCGGUCGCGGUGAGAACUUUGCAGGAGCAGCUAGAAAAGGCCAAAGAGAGCCUCAAGAAUGUGGAUGAGAAUAUUCGCAAGCUCACUGGGCGAGAUCCGAAUGAUGUGAGGCCUAUCCAAGCCAGAUUGCUGGCCCUUUCUGGUCCUGGUGGAGGUAGAGGACGUGGUAGUUUAUUGUUGAGGCGUGGAUUCUCAGAUAGUGGAGGAGGACCCCCAGCCAAACAGAGAGACCUUGAAGGGGCAGUCAAUAGGCUGGGCGGGGAGCGUCGGACGCGGAGAGAAUCACGCCAGGAGAGCGACCCAGAGGAUGAUGAUGUUAAAAAGCCAGCUUUGCAGUCUUCAGUUGUAGCUACCUCCAAAGAGCGCACUCGUAGAGACCUUAUCCAGGAUCAGAAUAUGGAUGAAAAGGGAAAGCAAAGGAACCGACGAAUAUUUGGCUUGUUGAUGGGCACCCUUCAGAAAUUUAAACAAGAAUCUACUGUUGCUACUGAAAGGCAAAAGAGGCGCCAGGAAAUUGAACAAAAACUUGAAGUGCAGGCAGAAGAAGAAAGAAAGCAGGUAGAAAAUGAGAGGAGAGAACUGUUUGAAGAGAGGCGUGCUAAACAGACAGAAUUGCGGCUUUUGGAACAGAAGGUUGAGCUUGCGCAGCUGCAAGAAGAAUGGAAUGAGCAUAAUGCCAAGAUAAUAAAAUAUAUAAGAACUAAAACAAAGCCCCAUUUGUUCUAUAUUCCUGGAAGAAUGUGUCCAGCUACCCAAAAACUAAUAGAAGAGUCACAGAGAAAAAUGAAUGCUUUAUUUGAAGGUAGACGCAUCGAAUUUGCAGAACAAAUAAAUAAAAUGGAGGCUAGGCCUAGAAGACAAUCAAUGAAGGAAAGAGAGCAUCAGGUGGUGCGUAAUGAAGAACAGAAGGCGGAACAAGAAGAGGGUAAGGUGGCUCAGCGAGAGGAAGAGUUGGAGGAGACAGGUAAUCAGCACAAUGAUGUAGAAAUAGAGGAAGCAGGAGAGGAAGAGGAAAAGGAAAUAGGGAUAGUUCAUAGUGAUGCAGAGAAAGAACAGGAGGAGGAGGAACAGAAACAGGAAAUGGAGGUUAAGAUGGAGGAGGACACGGAGGUAAGGGAAGGUGAGAAGCAGCAGAAUAGUCAGCCUGAAGAAGCUAUGGAUGUGCUAGAGAUGGUGGAGAGUGUCAAAAAUGUGAUUGCUGAGCAGGAGGUCAUGGAAACCAAUCAAGUGGAAAGUAUAGAACCUUCAGAAAAUGAAACUAGCAAAGAAUUGGAGCCAGAGAUGGAGUUUGAAGUUGAACCAGAUAAAGAAUGUAAAUCUCUUUCUCCUGCGAAAGAGUAUGCUAGUGCUGUAGAGAUGGAAAAUGAGCCUGAGGAUAAAGAGAAAGAAUCUGAGCCCCAGCCUGAGCCUGUUGCUCAGCCCCAGCCCCUGUCCCUGUCCCUGUCUCAGUCCCAGCCAGUGUCCCAGGCCCUGUCCCUGCCUCCUUCCCUACCCCCGUCCCAGUCCCAGUCCCAGCCCCAGCCCCAGCCCCAGCCCCAGCCCCAUGCGGUCCAGCAGCCCCUGUCCCAGCCUCAAGCCCAGGCAACCCCGCAGCCCCAGGCAGUCCCCCAGUCCCAGCCUGUCCCACAGCCCCAGGCAGCCCCCCAGCCCUUCUCCCAUCCCGACACUUUGCCCAUUGCCGGCUCACAGCCAACACCUCAGGUCGCCCUCGAGCAGGGGCAACCACUCCCUGCAGAGGUUGUCAAAGCUGUCCAGGGCACAGGGGGAGCCAUUGUAGCGGUUCCUCCCGAUGGCAAAGGCAAGGCCAAGGCGAGGAGCAGCAGCAGGGGGCGCGCUAGGAACAAAGCAAGCAAGAGUAGGAGCGGCAGCAGUAGCAGCAGCAGCUCUAGCAGCAGCUCGACCAGCAGCAGCAGCGGCAGCAGCUCCAGUAGCGGCAGCAGCAGCAGCCGCAGCAGCUCCAGUAGCAGCUCCAGCACGAGCGGCAGCAGCAGCCGCGGCAGCAGCAGCAGCAGCACGAGUAGCAGUGAGAGCAGAAGCCGGAGUCGGGGCCGGGGGCGCCGCAGGGACAGGAAGCACAGGCGCAGCACGGAGCGCAAGCGGAGGGACCCAACAGGGCAGGAGCGGGGGCACAAGGCCGCCAAGGGCGGGGGGAGGGACGCCAAGGCUCCCAAGGAUAAGAGCGCCCGGUCCGACAGAAAGAGGUCUGUGUCAGAGAGUAGUCGGUCGGGCAAGCGGCCGGCGCGGAGCGAGAGGGACCGCAAGGCAGACAGGAAGGACAAGCGGCGCUGACGGCGCGGUCGCCGGCCCGUCGCAGCAGCCGGCCGGAGGAGUGGGACUGCCCUGCUUUGUGAGGAGGAUGCUGCCUUAAGAAUUGCAUGUUGUAAAAAAUCUUUUUGGAUAAUACAGACUUUGUUUACCAGACAUUCUUGUACUUUUUGCAUAAUUUUGUAAGAGUUAUUUAUCAAAAUUAUGUGAGGUUCCAAAAUAUGUAAAAAUGAUAAUAAAAAAAGAUUAACAUCCCUUGUCAUCUUUUUUAAAUAUCCUAUACUCUUCAGGAGGAAUCUGUAUAUUUUAAUAGGUAAAUCUUUAAGUCUCUUCCCAAAUCUGUAUAAUACAUUCAUUGCUUUCGUAGAAAUAAAUGUGUGUUUCUUUCAUUAGUUUUGAGAUGUCGUCGUUGAUGCUUGUAUAAUACCUCUUGAUAACAUUUUCAGCUUUUGUCAUUAGAUACCGAGUGUGGUUAGAAUGUCUUUGAAGGUCUCACUUUUAUUUGCCUUAGGUAUUUGAGUUGUCAGAUCUUCGCAGCUUUGAGGGGAGACAGUCUCCUUAAAAUCAUUUACUUUUUCUAAUCUCGUUAUUUUUAUCUAAGCAUUUUUCCGUUUCUCAUAUUUGGUAGAUUAAGCAGUAUGAUUUGGUGGGCAUUUUCUUCACGAUUAUGGGAGCAUCAUUUGUCUCCAAGGUUACUUUCGGGAUAAUAGCAUAUACAUCUGUUAAAAUAGUCACUUCUCUAGGGAAGGGAGGUAGAAAAGUAUAUUCUAAACUUGGUUUUGAGUUUGUGGUCUUGUCUUAACUUUUGUGUUGGCUUUAACUGAAACAUGCCAAUGUGUGUUUUCAAGACUUUUUAAGUUGUAUGAAAGUUUACAAAAUGAAGGAAGUUCAUCUACACUUGAAUCUGUAAGCAGGAAAACACAGUGUACCAAGUGAUGAUUAACUUUGUUUUAUAAAUUUGUAUGCAUCUGGAGUAUCUUGUUGCCCACUACUAUACAUGUGUAAAUAAAUGUGGCUUAGAUUUGUG